GGCCCCUCCGGGCACCGGCAGCGGGCCCCGCCGGCAGCCCGGAGCCCGUGGUCGCUGCCCUUGUCUGUGCCCAGUCCCUGUGCGGGAUCCGGCGGGGCCCGGCGGGGCGGAGGUAACGCGGCCUGAGCCGGGAGAGGAGCGUCGCUGCUGCACCCGCAAGUUGAGCCAAACUUGAUGGAAAAUGUCCAGAAAGGUUAAAAUUUCCAUGAAGAAGUAAGCCUGACAGAAAUAGGGACACAUACGGUUUUCUUGUAGAAGAAUACACAUGAAGAUAAAUCAAGAUGCUCCUGAGUGAGCAAGAUCAAUUCUUGUCCUACAAUGGUGAAGUCCUUGUAUUUCAGUUGUCAAAACCAAAGCAUGCAGAGGAAGCGGGUGAUAAAACAAUGAAUUUAUGUGUCAGAAGGAUGGCGUUCAACAGAGACACUAAGCUGUUUGUUCAGAAGUCUUCUGGGGUAUUCAGCAUGGGAGCCAGUCACUCAAAAAUUGAAAUGAUUUGCUGUAGCUGCACAACGGAUUCCAGAACAGGGAUUAUUCUUCCCUGCGUUUUGAUGAAGAAGAAAAAACGGAACAAUGUCAAAUACUUUUUGUUGUUGCUUCACAGUUCAAACCAAUUUGAGCCGUCUUUUUAUUUUAAAUUGGAUUAUGAACUGAAAGAAGACAUCAGGCUGUUCGCUGGCCCAUCAUUGUUGUGGAGACAUGCCAACAAGCUGUUCUACAUCUCUUCCAACACCUGCGUGGUUCAAAGUGCUCCUGUACAGCUUUCUUCUGUAGUGUGGACAGGUGAAAUUGUGGGUGAAGGCACUGUUGUCUUAGGGAUAAGAACUGCUUGCCUGCCAGAGACUGAAGAUCGAGAUGAGUUUUCUGUUUCAGACAGAGCCAUCUGGGGUAGUGAGUUCUUUGGAUACGCAAUUCAAACACAAAAAUUGCUGACUGGCACAUGCUUCAUGCCUCAUGCUUACAGCAGAGUGGUCUCUUCCAUCUACGUCUGCAAGAGUGAGAGAUUGAAAAAACAGCUCCAAGUAUCACUUGUUGCCAUAACCCACAAGAACCAGCUUAUUUGGUUCCAAAAUGGUGUCCCUAAAGGUGUUUGUGAGCUUCCUUACGAAAAGCCGUGUUCGGUAAAACCAGCUCUAACCAGUAGCAACGAUUUGCUAUUUGUUGUGUCUUUUGCCUCUGGAAAUAGCUGUGUUGUACAGAGGAGAGACAGCUUACAGGUGGCUUCCAAAUGGCAAAAAGUGAAGUGUGUUCUGGUGGAUGAUUUCAUUGGCUCUGGAAGUGAGCAGCUGUUUCUGCUUUUUGAGGAUGACUCCAAUACAGACGUGUUAAGUACAUUCAAAAUAACAGAUCUUGGGGAGGUCAACUAUGCAAGUGGUGUCAAUUAUAAACAUGAUGUUCCUGCUGCAGAAGGAUUGCAAGAGAAUGGUUUGCCCACUGUCCGAGCCCUUGAAACAAGAUUGCAGGCUGGUUGGACUUCUGUUCGGGAGCUACAGCAGCAUUUAGGACUCCAAAAAAGGGUUAUUCUUGAGUCUUGCAGAGCAUUAAUAGAUCUUGUUGAAGAAAGAACCCAUAUUCUCCCAAACUCAAGAAAGGAAGGCCUUGUCUCUCUCUGGGAUGAUGUAGAAAGUCCUGCUGGUUCUCUUAGCAAAGAGACAUCAUUGGUGUCCAAAGUCCCAGAGCGCUUCACAGAGGAAUUGUGGCAGCGUGUUGUGGGUGACAGCCUGGUAGUUGGAGUGAAACUAACUGAAUCAUUUUAUUUGUCACUGAGGGAUGUCAGUUUAUCUUUAGUGAUGGAUCAGGAUUUCUCUUCGAUUUCUCCAAUUAUCAAGUGUCAAAGUAAAAUCAUCAAGCUGAACAAAGCCUUCUCAGCAUUGGCAGUCUCCUCAAGUCAAAUUGAACCUCCUCCAAAAAAGAUGAAAUUGGACUUGCAUAGCAAGAAUGAUCUGAAAAAAGAGUUCCCUAAGACAUCUUCAGGGGUUCAGCUGGAUGAAGCAAAGACAGUCACUGCUGUCACCAGCCUUUCACCACUCCUGGCGUUUCAUCGUGUGUGCUGUGUAGUUCUUCUGCAUGCCAGGAGGCAAAACCAUCAGGAUGAUAGUUUACAACAGAGCAAAAAGAUUACUGUACUCUGUGGGAAGAUUUUCUUAAGUCUGGAAGAUAUUUCAAAUGGCAGAUAUUCAGUAAAGAUGCUGAGGAAUAAUAGUUACUGUACAGGUUCCAUGGAAGAUAUACUUGCUGUCCUUGCAGUGUCUUUGAGAUUCUCCUUUCAGAUUGUGUCUUGUGAGUGCACUUUGACUCCUGUCAGUUCAUGGUUGCUGGAAGAAAUGGAGUGCACACCAUUUAAGGAAUGCCAGGACAACAUAUUCUGUCAUAAAGCAGGAAAUGUCCAUGGUACAAUCUUUAAUUGGGCACUGAAAAAUCCAUUUGAAGGAGUUCUAACAAUAUUUUGCAGAAAUCUGACUGUCUUGUUCCAGUGCCUUCACAGCCUUACCAGAGUUCUCCCUCCAAGCUGCAGUGUAAAACUCCUGAGAUCUGGAAGCAAAGGAGUACUUACUGAACAGACAGCACUGGCUCUGGAGAGGGAAAUGCUCACCUGGAAGAAUUCUCUUUUCUUCAAAGAAACUAAAGCUGAAAACAGCUUGACAAGGUGGAAUGAGUCUGGCAAGAAGAUCAAUAAUGCUCCUCUGGUUCCUUUGCUGGACACUGAGGAAGGAGUGCAGCAGUUCAGAAAGAAGCUUCAGAAGGAGCGGGAGGAGAGCGUGCGAAGUAUGAACCAAACCAUGAAUGGUGCCCUGUACCAGAAAAUGGCUUUGGAAAUAGCAGAAGCUCAGCUCAGUUCAGAUAUGAUUGUGUGGAGACUGGCCAAGUCCUAGAAACUACUGACUAAAUUUAUUUUGAAAAAAAAUUUAUCAAAGUUAUACCAUUAAAUAAUAUUUAUAUUUUUAUGGGUACUUAUACUGCCUUGUAUAUUAUAGCAUUUCUGUUUCUACAGAUACUGGUAUUUCAAUUGAGGACUACUGGAGGAAUUUAUGAGUUAUUUUGUUAGAGAUUUUGAAAAUAUUUUUAAGGUGUUUUCUAAUAAUUCCUACUCUAAAAUCAUAAUUCUUGGACUAUAAAAGAACUAUUUUAGAAAAAAAAUGGGUAAGUGUGUACUCUUUAAAGUAGUUCUAUUGAACCUGAAAGAUGAAUGUUUACACAUGUAAAUGUAAGCCUUUUUUAGAAAUCUUAAAGCAGGUAUAGAAAGGAUCUAAGUUAUACAACCAAUUGUAAUUCAUCAUUUGAGCAUGGACUUUGGCAAUUUCAAACAAGAGGCAGUUUAUCUUCAUGAUAUGUCAAACCUUAUAAAUAACUUCCAGUGAUACCACUUGAGGAAAAAAACUCUCUACCUUUCAGCCCUAUCUUCUGGAGUCCACCCUCAGAUUUAUGAAGUAUUUAUUGUAGGUGGAGAACCAGAUCAGACCUCUUAAACAAAUUUCAAGAACUCAUGAGAUUCACUGCAUAAUAAAGCUGCUUCAGGUUUGAGAGCUCCAUUCCCACUCAAUUUGGGAUUGGUAUGGGCUAGUCUCACUGGUAAAUCCUGGAGGAAACUGCUCUUCCUUGGGUGUUAACCUAGCUUCAGGGUCAGAAGAUUUUCUUGCUCAAUCCCAGAGUCAGAUGAUUGUCUGCUGAUGCUAGCUGCUCUGUGGUUUUGGCAUAUCUCAGGUAGUUUAAAUAAUAUUGAGCAAUUUUUUUAUUAUUCUUCCUCCUUUUGUUGGCUUGAGGAAGAUCUGCUUAUGCUUCUAGGAAGAAAAUGGCCUAUACUACUUGCUGAGAUAGUAAUUUUUAAUCAAUUUUUUCCCACUAGCUUCAAGAGGGGCAGAAAGGUUAGAAAAUCCCAAAUCACAGUAAUCUGCUUCCUUUUAUCUCUGCUUUAUAUAAGUAAAACAUCCUUAUUGCUUGUCACCAUUUUUCUGAAGUUGUCAAGAGUUUUGCUUUUCAUUUUCUCUGCAAACAGAGUUAAUAGUUCACAUCUCCAGCAUGAUCUCUUUCUGACAAUAAAAGUCUGGCAGGAAAAGUAGAGGGUAUUUAUUGACUCAAAGGAAUACUGAUGUUUCAGAAUAAUUCUUUUUAUCUCAUCAAAAAGUUCAAUUUCUGUAUGUAUGUCCUCUAGAAGCAUUAAGUGGUGAUGUGUUUCAGUCCAAGGCAUCUUCUCCUUCUGGCAACAGGAGUGGUCUGAUGCACAUAAAAGGCAGAACACUGCCUAGAAAACCAGUAAAUGAGAGAACUGUGCUUUGUAACCUUAACCCAGUCUAGUGAUACAGCUUCCGUUUUGAGAUAGUCAAAAGUAUUAAAUUACUCCUUUUUAGCUACAGAGAAGGGAAAUCUUCCAUUAAGAUGUCAAGAGUGUCUUAGGAAAAUGUCAUGGGUAUUUGAAUCUCAGUAUUCGCUGGAUGAGAAAGUUGAAGAUUUUUUUAUAAUUCUUUCUUUGUUAAGUCCAGUCAGGCAAUAGUCAAAGCUUAAGAACCCAUUGUUAGGCCUUGGCAGUCAGUUGUCACUGGAAUUUCCAGAAGUUCCUAAUUAUAAACACUUAAAUGAAGAAAAAAAUCUCAAGGUGCAAUCCUGUAGCUUGCAGCUAAGGGCAAGACCUUGCUAAGCCAUCUGAGCAGAAACCUUCAGAGCAACACAGCUACUGCACACUCAGGGCACUUGAAGGACAUUUUGUAAAGCAGUGUAAACAGUCCAGCCUUUGAUUUUUGUCACCAUGUAGCAGCCUGCUCUCAUGCUGUAACUAACCAUCUAACCAUUGGUCUGUCUGUCUUUAAAGAGAAACUUCCAUUUGUGUUCACAUCCCUUCGUUGAAGUAACACAGUGGGACAAAUGAAGAGAAGCUGCUAAGCACAGAUAUUACCAGUUUCUAAUUCCACGGAGUUGUUACUUUAAAGAACCAAACAGUGAAAUCACAGCAGUGUAGAAGUGAAAUUAUUAGAGUAGAAUAGUAACAACAUGUUCCUGCUAAAGAGACUUUCCUGAGGCAUGAAUGCUUGUUUUGUAAAUCAUUGGAUGAGAUCAUUAAACACUUUCCUAACAGCUCUAAGAUUCCUGGGAGCAGUUCUUCAACAGACUAGUAAUGCAUAAUAGCAUGGUACAACUUUCAGAGGUAGUUAUGCAAUUGCUAGGUGUACUGUGUGUGCUGUACUUUUAUGUGCCAAAAUCUAAAGGUCUCCUGGAAAUACUUGAAAGGUUUCUGCUGGUAUGUGUUUUUCGGCCAGGAAUAAGGGAAAAAUGGAGCAGACAUUAACAAAGAUUCAGGCUCUCUAGAACCUUAUCUUCAAGUGGCAGCAGCAGGCAUUUUGUUUAGAGGUAUUUGCUUUCCUAAACUUGCUUUUCAGGAUCAAAAGCAACCAAAAGAAUUAACCUACUUAUUUGGUGUCUCAUGAUGAUAAUUGUCUGCAUAUGCUGGUGUUCAAAUGAGAAGUCUAAACUGCAUGGAAUAGAAAAAUUGUUGGCUAACCAUGUUUCUGUCAUGAAUUGUUGGAGUCCUGUUUUCUGAACCUCCAAGAAAGUCUUGAAAGUAAGAUCUUGCAUAUAGUGGGUUUUGCAAAUACUUUUUUGAACAAGCCAUUUGAGAAAUUAAAACAGUGACAGCAGCAGUCUUAGUUGGGGGGGAAUUAGUCUUGCCAAGAAAUAACUGAUAAAAUAGUUGGAUGUUUGAUUUUGUAAAUUAAUUCCCCUUUCCAUGAUAGUAGAUCAAGUUGGGAAACGUACACAUCCCAAGGAACAGAAGGCUUUCUGCUACUAAAGCUGUCACUAAUAGCAGAUAACCAUGCACACCACACAUUCGUGAGUCUACUCUGUAGGAGUAGUCAUGAAUGUUACAAUGGGAGGUCAGUCCCUACCCUGGACCUCUGGCUCCUAGCUAGGUUACAAAGCCCUUUGAAGAGCUCUUUGCUUCAUCAGGUGUGUGUGUGUAGUCCUGGAGGGUUUUUUGUUUGCAUGUGGCAACCACAACCUGUUUGUGCAUGAUCCAAGCUAAUGCAAACCGUGGUUGAUACUAAUGUGUGUGGUGGCUUUGUGCACAGCCAGCAGGCUCCUGCUGUUCUGAAUUUAUCAGUUCUGGUGGAUUUAACAGAACAACUGGUCUCCAGAGCUUACCAGUCCUGGGAGACUUUCACAUGCUGCUUCUCAGCAUGUAAUAAUCUCCUCAGCCUGCUGCUUGCUAGUAAACAUUCCUCCCUCCCGAGCUGGAGAACCCUGUCACAUAAACUCACACAAAGGGCCCUUUGAUCAGGCAAUGAAAUUAUGAAAUUAUGCCUUGUCUUGACCCCAACAGUCCUGAUUUCUGGAAACCAGCAGAUGUCAAUGGUUUCUGACAGGUAUCUAUAGGAAUGGUUCCACUCCUCUGGCCGUGGCAGUGUUCUGUGUGCAGAUAUUUAUUUGCAAUGACUCAUUCAUCACAUGUUUCAAAAGACAGGUAUGCAAAGGGAAGGCUGACAUAGGAAGUAUGAGCUGUCACACCUGGAUGCACUCGUUCAAUCUUAGCACUUUUUAAGUCAAUAUGAUUUAAGACCCUAAGAAGAGGGAUUGUGUGUCAAAGAACUCUGCUUUUUCUGGCCAAGUUGGUGUAAUAAAUUAAGUUACAGUGAUUUUUCUUUUUUAUUCUAAGGGCUUUCAGAGAAAAGAAACCUGUCUGCUCUAGAGUGGUUUCUGAUGGACAGUAAUAUUUCCUUUUUAAGUUUGUGUGUGUAUGUAUUUCAAAUCAGCCACAGGCUGCUCAGUUGUUCCUAGGAGUAAAAGUUAAGCCUUCUUUCUCAGCUGCUAAUUUUUGUUUUCCCACAUCUUUUCACAAUUUGGGAAGUGUGACAGUCAUAUGACUGCUCUCCUCUGAAUCAUACUGACUCUGCUGACAAAAUAAUAAUGGUACCAUGUUUAUCCUUGAGUGAAUUAUUCAUUAGAGGCUAUUAAUGAAGAUGAUAGGCUUAGCAAAAGGAGUAUUCAAACAGUGGUAGUUUUCUUCCCUUCUCUACUUCCGUGGGAGAAAUGAAGUUUUAAACAGCAGAAAGCAAUUAAAAAUCAAUGCAAGGAUUUAAAAUCUCAAAUAGUUGUAAAUUUGAGCAUUUAGUUAUUGCCAAGUCUCGUUUAUUUUGGGGGUUGGUUGUGGGUUUUUUCGUUGUUUUUUAUUUUUUUUUAGUGCAGUGGCAAUGCAAUGGCAUGCACUCUAGGCUUGCCAUUAGGUAAGGACAAGGUGAACAUCAUUAUGUAGCAGGAGUUUCUAGCCAAGAAAAUCCUCCCAGGGAAAAAGCAAGAGUAGGAGGUUUGAUGCUGGUGUUUAGUCAUGUUAAUUAUUGCUUUAAGGAGGUGAUACUACUUAGGUCUUUUCGGUGACCUCAUGUUUGUGGUAUUUGCAAACUUAUCCCGGGAAUAUAUUGAGAAAUUCAUGAUUCAUAGGUACAGGACGGCAGCUGCAUGUUUGUGAAGCACUCGGUUAGAGCAAAGGCUGCCCAGCGCCAGGUUCGUAUCACUCCAGUGCCCGCCUCGAGUCCUGCAUUCACAAACCCUGGUGCUUAACUGUGGUAUUUAGGUCAGAGGCACAGGUUGGUAAAGCAGUCUCAGGUUAACUAAUCCUCACUGUCUAAAUGGAGAGGCGGUGGCUCCUGUGCCGGGCUGUGAUCCUUACCUGCGCAGAGAGGGAGAGAGGGAAGGCUUUGAAGUGAGUCCUUCAAAACAGCGUGUGCUGCCUCUGUGCCUGCCCCGGCCUCUCCCCAGAGCCCCAGGUACAGUUUCGAACUGAGCACGUCACGUCUUCUUUUGUAAUCCUGCCUUUGAAAUGUUCUCAAGCAUGAGGGGAAAUGCAGAAGCUGCCAAAAUUCAUGGUUGGUGGGAGUCUGCUAUUUCUGUCAGGUUUGUGCUAUUCCCUCUGCACAGGCUCUGCUGACUCUGUUCUCACGCUUCUCUCUUCCCCUCACCUCAGUGAUCAAAUAGUAAAACACAAAACCACAACCACUUCGAAAAUGAAAAACAAUCAAACAAACAAACAAAACCCCACCAAUCCCUAAAAACCAAAAAAC